AUGUAUUACUACCAAAAUCUUCAAGCUUCAGACAUUGAACACACAAUGGCCUCGAAAUCAAUUUCAAUGCCUACCGCCACCAGCGCAAACAUGGGCCAAGAUCUCAAGACUGAAGGCGAAGCUUGCGUGAAAGUUAAGCCCUGCUGCGUAUGCAAAGAGGAGAAAGCUUCAAGAGACGAAUGUAUGCUUUUCAGCAAUGCGAAAGACCCUCAGAACGAUUGCGCCACUACGAUCGACAAGUAUAAGAGCUGCAUGGCAGGCUUCGGAUUCAGUCUACCAUAAACCCAGAGGAAUGAGGACGUACGCAAUAGAAAGACUGUACAAUAGGAUUGGGCAUUGGGGGAAGGCAUUGUUGGCG